UUUCUGUUGAUUGAUUAAGAGUUUUUCAUUCUCACAGAAAUUUUCUCGUUUUUUUUCUCCUUUCAUUUGUACUUGGGUGCCUUCUUUACCUUUAUUUUCUCUAGAAUUGACCACCAAUUCUUAGACUUACCUUUUUCUUUCUAAUCAAUAUUAAUUUGGAAUUAUUCACUGAUUGGUUGCGAUUUUUGUUUUUUUUAUAACUUUUUGACGUUUUUUUUUAUCCCUUCACUGUUCUACUGCACAAAUAAGUUAAGGGUUUACAAAGCAGCAACAAUCACAAGAAAAAAAAACAGCAGAAAAAAAAAAGGAAGAUUCAUAGGAUUGCAAAAUAAUAAAACAAUCAAAUUAUAUUCAAAAUGGCUGAAGUUAAAAGAACAGUUAGAAUAACUACUACUCAAAAUAUCAUUGCUGAAAAAACUACAGCAGAGGUAGAUUAUCCAUUAAGAAGAUGGUCAAUUGAAAUUACACUCUUAGAUCUUAAUGGCAACGAAAUGUCUGCCAAUAUAUUUGAUAAAGUCACCUAUGUUUUGCAUCCAACUUUUGACAAUCCAACUAGAAACUUCAAGAAACCACCUUUCAGAAUUGAAGAACAAGGAUGGGGAGAAUUUGAUAUGAAAAUCAUAUUUCAUUUAUCUGACAAAGCUGGUGAAAAAAAGAUCAACCAUGAUUUAAAUUUCAAACAAAAUAAAUAUAUAAAUGAUCAUAUUUUCAAUCUUCCUAUUUCAAAACCAAAAUUUGCAAGACUUUUGUUAGACAGUGGUCCAGUUCCAGGCUACGAUAGUAAUGGCCAUAAUAUCAGCAAUAAUACCAACAGUUCUUUCAAUAAUAACAGCAUUAAUAACAAAAUUGGAAAUCCGCUGAUUAAUAAUGGAAGUUCAGCUAUCAACAACAGUUUAGCUGAUUUCACUACUGUUGGUGAAAAGAGAAAGAAUAAUACAUCUGACUUGAAAAACAAAAAACAAAAGACAUCAGCAUCAUCAUCAAGCAAUUUUAAUAGCAAUAAUGAUAUGUACAAAUUAACAGCAAUGAAAGGUUCUGUUAAUUUGGAAAAAUUGGCAAAUGGUUUAACUAAACUAACUGAAGAUGAGUUGCUCAGUGUUGUUCAAAUGGUUACGGAUAAUAGAACUCAAGAGAUGACUGUCAAUAACAACACUGCUGAAGGCGAAUUUACAAUGGAUCUAUACACAUUUCCUGAUGCUUUAUUAAAGAGUUUGUGGGAAUAUAUUAAAAAGAGAACUGACGUUUAACUGAAAUGAAAUGAAAUAAAAUAAAAUAAAAUAAAAAAUUAAAUAAAAUGAAAAAGAAAAACGAAAUACCAUCGUUUUCACUAUUAUUAUUAGUAAUGUUACUUAAUACCUAUUGAUUGAUAUCUAUCUAUUUUCUAUUAUCUAAUUAU